AUGGUAGCCACACAUCACCGCCGUCAGCCAAGCGGCGGUGGAUCUUCUAUCACUAGACGCGGAUCUGAGCGUGGGGGUGCUGGCGUAAAUGGUGGGCGUCGUCGACCUUCAUUACGUAGACCAUCAGAUAGACCACCUAGAGUAUCAACAGCACCACGUCGAGCAUCAGGUGGAAGUUUACUCAAGCCUGGUAACACAUCUUCACAUAACGACAUUCGACGACCAUCAGCACCAGCACCAGCUGUGCCACGAUUAUCGAUUGCGGACCAAUUCAUGUCACCUAAUUAUCCACGCUCACCAUCACCUUUGAAAAAUCAAGAAGCAAGCAGAGCAUCUAGCAUUGCAGCAUCAACAAGCGAAAUGUCCAAUAGCACAUCAACACCAUCAUCCCACCAACAAUCAUUAUCGCCAUCAGUGGAACCUGAUCCUAAUCGAUUGACCAUUGCCGAUAUGUUUACAAAGGAUCGAAAACCUAGCUUUUCAAGCAUACGCACCGUGGAUGAUGAUCAACCUACUGCCACUGAAAAUUCAUCACCAGCAUCCACACAAAAUCAAGUGCAUCCAUUGGAGUCAUCAACCCGAAAUCCAAAUAACAACAAUGAUGAUGGCAAUGGCGAUACCUUCGAGAGUCAAUUAAACCUUGACCUUACACUUCCAAGUACAUUGGCAGCACCCCCUGAUAGUGCAUGGAAUGGCCGUCGAUAUAGUCGACCCUUUGGUAGUCAAGAUACGCUUGUACAAUCACCAUCUCCAGGAUCCCAAGAGAAGCAUAAAAAAGAUAGUGCUGAUUAUUCGGUAGCCGAUUACUAUACCGAUAACUCAUGCUCAUCCUCUACGGUGGAUCAACAUCACGACUCUGAAAAGAAAGCAACACAACAGCAUCGAUGGCGUGAUAUGGGUCGUGAAGAAUCAGGCACGAUAAGUCACUAUGAAGACGACCUUCCACCACCACGAGGUGUAUGGAUUGGAUGUUGUUUCUUGAGUUGUGGUGGUGGCGAACGUAGUUUAAUGCAUGAAGAACGUAAACGACGACGACAACAAGAACGACAACAACAACAAAACAAAAAGCAGCAUGGCAAAGCUGGCCUAUCAUGUGGACGUCGAGGUUGGGUUUUUGGCAUUUUCAUUGUCUUUAUCCUUAUGAUCGCCACCGGGUAUAUACUAUGGCCACGUACACCGUUGAUGCGUAUUGAAGGUGCCUCAUUGGUUUCUGGACCCAAAUUGACCGAGACUCAUCAAAAUGUGAUGGUUGGCAAUGUUGCUUUUGAAAGCCAAUGGGUUGUUAAUGUCACUGUUGAUAAUCGAUCCAAUCGUGUGCCUACGCAUUUGACGCAUAUUGAUGUACUUGCCAAAGAUGCAUUGACGGGUCAAGUAAUUGGUAAAGGGCCAAGCGAUGUAUCCAAUGACAUGGUAUUGCCAGCCUCAGACAUCUCCACCAUUCAAUUACCCGUGGUAUUGGAUUAUCAAGCACGUGACGAUACCGAUACUACGUUUGCCAACUUGAAAAAAGCUUGUAUUCAACAACCACCCAAGACAUACCAUGAUGCCAAAACCAACCGUACUAUUACCGAGCAACCAGAACGUGAGUCGUUGCAACUCCAUUUUUGGAUCACACUCCACAUCUUUGGACUCGAUUGGGUUGGAUACAAGCCCACAGUGAUUGCUACCCCAGCUACGGGUGGAUUUGCUUGCCCAUUAUCUUGA